AAGCGUCCAUUCAUCGACGAGGCUAAACGGUUGCGAGCCAUGCACAUGAAGGAGCAUCCGGAUUACAAGUACCGACCAAGACGGAAGACCAAGACAUUGCUGAAAAAGGACAAAUAUUCCCUUGCUGGUGGACUUCUUUCUGGGCCGAGCGGUGGCGGUGGAGUUGGUUUAGGGGUUGGCAUGGGUUCAUCCGGGGUCGGGCAGAGGUUGGAGAGCCCCGGAGGUCACGGAGGUUCCGCCAGCUCCGGCUACGCGCACAUGAACGGCUGGGCGAACGGUGCGUACUCGGGGCAGGUGGCUGCUGCCGCGGCGGCCGCAGCGAUGAUGCAGGAGGCUCAGCUAGCCUACAGCCAGCACCCGGGGAGCGGAGCGCACCACCACCACCACUCACACCACCAUCAUUCACACAACCCCCAGCCCAUGCACCGCUAUGACAUGACAGCCCUGCAGUACAGCCCCAUCUCGAACUCUCAGAGCUACAUGAACGCUUCCCCAUCCGGCUACGGCGGGAUCACCUACACGCAGCACCAGAGCUCCGGCGUCUCUUCCUCAGCUGCCAUGGGGACAUUAGGGUCGCUGGUGAAGUCGGAGCCGAGUAUUUCACCGUUGCUGGAAUAGCAUCUGCACUGGAACUUUUUUUUUAAGAGGUGAGAUAUUAAAAUACAUCUUCUUCAUUUAUUGUUACCCCAAAUCAUUGCUUUACUGUAACAGCUUCACAAAGUGACAAUAAUGAUGAUGAUGAUAAUAAUA